UUUUUUUCUGUUCCCAGACUGCGCUCCUGAGUUAUAAUAAGCGCUCAUCGAGACUUUAUUCGUCCAGACUGGAUUUUAAAGUCAUUCAUCUGACUCCUUGAGGAUUAUCUGUUUGCUCUGUGGGGGUUCAGAGCCGUCGAUCAGAGGAGUUUCUUCAUCUGGGGGCAGAAAUCCGACAUGUAGCGCAGGACCAGGGCCACUGUUCAUCCUCCUCCUCCUCAUCGCCCUCCUCCCCCCUCCCCCUCCGGACAGCUCUGGGAAUGGGCCAGCGCCUUGCCUGGGUGCAUCUCUCCACCCGGUGGUGUGGCUGGCGUCGUGCGAGAGUGAGGAGGGCAGCAGUCAGGUCAUAGAGCCGGCCCACCACCCCCCACCGACUCUCCCCUCCCCCCCCCUCCCAGCCUUCCACUCUCUCCGCUUGCUUGCUCUGGAGUGACUUUUGACCUCUGACUCAGCCGUGACCCCGCCUUGACCCCCGGCCAGCCAUGCCCUUCCGGCUGAAGCUGCGGCGCACGCGGCGCUACAACGUCCUGAGCAAGAACUACUUUGUGACGCGGAUCCGCCUGCUGGACAGCACUGUGAUCGAAUGCACUCUGUCGGUGGAGAGUACGGGACAGGAAUGUCUGGAGGCGGUGGCCCAGAGGCUGGAGCUGCGGGAGACCCAUUUUUUUGGGCUGUGGUUCCAAGGAAAGACCCAAACUCCGGCCCAGCGCUGGGUGGAACUCGAGAAGCCCCUCAAGAAGCAGCUGGACAAGUUCGGCAACGAGCCUCUUCUCUUCUUUGGAGUCAUGUUUUAUGUUCCCAACGUGUCCCGGCUGGAGCAGGAAGUCACCAGGUAUCAGUAUUACCUUCAGGUGAAGAAGGAAGUGUUGGAUGGACGUCUACACUGCACCGUGGAGCAGGGAAUCAGACUAGCUGGCCUAGCAGUACAAGCCGAUUUUGGAGACUUCACUCAGUUCCUGUCUCAGGACUUCCUCAGGGAGUACGUGCUCUUCCCCGUGAACUGGCCUAAUGGAGACGAAGUGUUGGAAGACUGGACCCAGAAAGUUGCUGAGGAGCACAAAAGUCACUGUCGAAUGCAGGCCGCCGAAGCAGAACUGCUGUACAUUAAGGAGGUGGAGAAACUGGACGGCUUCGGCCAGGAAAGCUUUUCUGCUAAGGACAACUACACCAACGACCUUUUCAUUGGUGUGUCCUUCAUCGGAGUGUUUGCCAAACACAGAAAUGGCAGAUCCAUCAUGCACCACAAGUGGAAGGACAUCGGCACCAUAGCACACAACAAAUCUGCCAUCACGGUGGAGAUAACGAGCAGAGACGACACCAUCAUUUUUCACAUGGAGGAUAUGGAAAUGGCCAAGUACGUCGCUCGUCUUUUUACGGCCAGACACAAGUUCUACAAACAGAACAAGAUCUGUGUGGAGCCCACUCACUCACCUGCACCCAUACGGAGGCGACCCACCUGGACCCAUCGCCUGUCUCUGCCACGGCCCCAGUCCUGCAACUUCCAGUCCGUGCAUUCGCAGUAUGGAGAACAUUAUCAGGACACUCAGAGCUCUCAAGACAGCAUCUUCCAUGACGACCCUUACUGCAAGUCAGAGACCAGCCUGGAUCGCUGCCAGGUGGAUUUCACCUUCCGCAACGGCACCGUGCCCAACGGCAGCAUGUACAGCAGCCCCAGCCUCAGCUCCCUCAACCGCUCCCAGACCUUCAUCCCGCCGUCGCCCAUGUCCUCCAACCUCAGCAUCCCGGGCAGCGAGCUCAUGCGCCCGGACUACAUCCCCAGCCACCGCCACAGCGCCAUCAUCGCCCCGUCCUACCGCCCCACGCCCGAGUACGACGCCGUCAUGCGGCAGAAGCGGCGCAUGCUCCCGGCGCACCACGACCUCCACAGCCAGUCGCUGCGCAGCCUGAACAUCAGCAACGCCUGCGCUUACCGCCAGCCCGAGGCGCUGGUGUACAGCCAGCCGGAGAUGAGGGAGCGGGGCCCUUACCAUGGCCUCGGCCCGAGUCCUGGACCGUACACUCCACAGAUCAGUUAUAGUAAGCCGGUGUCCCACGGCCCCCAUCAGGGGUUACCCGCCAGCAGCCAGGGCCACUGUCACUCACCCUGCGUCAAUGGAGGCGGGGGCGGCGGUGGAGGCGUGGGAAGCUCCAUCUCUCACACCGUCAGCACGCCAGAGCUGGCCAACACCAAGCAGCAGGGGGCGAACCUGGGAAGCUACGCGGCCACGGCUAACAUGCUGAGGAACCACAUGUCGCGCCCUCCGCCGCCUUACCCCUCCAGCUCCUUCCGCCCGGCCACCAGCACGCCGGACCUGGCCAGCCACCGCCACCGCUGCAUCGGCGGCAGCAGCCCGGAGCUGGUCACCCGCAUGGUGCAGCUGUCGGUCAAGACCUUCCAGCCGGACAGCUCGGCCGUGGUGCACCAGUCGCUGCAGGAGGUCAGCGAACCGUUGACCGCCGCCGCGAAGCACCGCUCCACCCUCGGCAAGAGGCACAGCAUGGAGGUGAUCAGCAGCAUGAGGGGCGGCGGCGGCGGCGGGAUGGAGGGCUUGGUUAUGAAGGGGAUGAAUGCUCCCCUUCAUCGGAGGAACACUCUCAGAGAGCAUGUGAUGCCGUCGCAGCCUCAGCCCAUCUCUCAGCCUCAGCCGCAAGCGCCCCAGUCGCCGCCUCCACCCCAGCCCCAGCCUCCGCCUCAGCAGCCGAAGGAGAUGCCCAAGCAGAUGCCUGCCCAGAGCACGGCCGAGGUCUCUGUGGCUCCGCCUGCGGCGGUGGCGUACCAGCAUCAAAAGACUCUUUCUAACGCCACCAUGCUCAUACACAGCAGCGAGAGCGAGGAGGAGGAGGAGGAGGAAGAGGAGAGGCCCGAGCUGGAUGUUCAGAUCCCUGGUCUCAACGAGGACAUUAGCAUCAGCGCUCAGCUCCAGGCCGCUCUGGCCAAACUGCCCAACAAACCCCCGCCGGAGUACCCCGGACCCCCCAGACCUCCCGGGAACGCUCAGAUCCGCCCCCACGCCCACAGUCACAACCACAACCACCACCACACUCCAGGACCGCAUGGCGGCCAGGGACCAGCGGACCCAGCCCAGGCCCACGGCUGCUCCGUCGGCGCAGGGCAGAGCCAGGGGGCCGGGGGGCCAGGGGGCAGUGGCAGCGCCAGCGGUGGUGGUGGCACUGGCAGUAACGGGGGGACACUGACCCGGGGGGAUCAGAGCGGCGUGAACGGGGCCGUUUUGGGUCCCUCCAUCUCAGAACCGGACCUGACCAGCGUGAAGGAGAGAGUGAGGAAGGAGCCGGUCAAAGAGCGGCCGGUGUCGGAGAUGUUCUCGCUGGAGGACAGCAUAGUGGAGCGCGAAAUAGCUCAGCGGACGCUGGAGAGACAGAAGAUGUCGGUGGACUCCAUGAAGAGACCGCUGAUGAUGGCCGCCCUCAACGGCCUCUACGUGGCUCGGAUGCCUGUGCCGGAGAGUCCAGCGGAGGACGGCGCCAAGGCAGCCACUGACGAAAGGUGUAAGACCUUGGAGCUGAAGCUGGAGGAGGAGCGGGUCUUCACCGAGUACGAGCAGGUGCCCAAGAAGCGGGCCGACUGCGUCCUCACUACGGCGACGCUGCCCGAGAACACGGAGCGCAACCGCUUCCGUGACGUCGUCCCGUACGAGGAGAAUCGGGUGGAGCUGGUGCCCAACAAGGAGAACAACACGGGCUACAUCAACGCCUCGCAUAUCAAGGUUAUGAUCAGAGGGGAGGAGUGGCACUACAUCGCCACCCAGGGCCCGCUAGCCAACACCUGUGCUGACUUCUGGCAGAUGGUGUGGGAGCAGGGGGUCAGCGUCAUCGCCAUGGUUACAGCCGAGGAGGAGGGUGGAAGGUCCAAGAGCCACCGCUACUGGCCCAAGCUGGGCUCCAAGCACAACUCGGCCACUCACGGCAAGUUCAAGGUGACCACCAAGUUCCGCACGGACUCGGGCUGCUACGCCACCACGGGGUUAAAGGUCAAACACCUGCUGUCUGGCCAGGAGAGGACGGUGUGGCACCUGCAGUACACGGACUGGCCCGAGCAGGGCUGUCCGGAAUACGUGCUGGGAUUUCUAUCCUACCUGGAGGAGAUCCAGUCAGUGAGGAGGCACACAAACUCCAUGCUGGACACUUCAAAAAGCUUAAACCCACCUGUGGUGGUGCACUGUAGUGCCGGAGUGGGCCGAACCGGAGUGGUAAUCCUGACUGAGCUCAUGAUCAGCUGCCUGGAGCACAAUGAGCCCGUGGAGGUUCCCACCAUGCUGUCGGAGCUGCGGCAGCAGAGGAUGCUCAUGGUGCAGACCAUCUCUCAGUACCAGUUUGUCUACCAGGUCCUCAUCCAGUUCCUGAAGAACUCCCGUCUCAUUUGAACCCGGCCUCCUGACCUCUGACCCGACCCGACGUGGCACGACAGCUAACAGCGGUACUUUGAAAUGAGUCGCGUUUACUGUGUGAGAGUUUAUAUUCGAGCAAAUUCUAGGGAUUUUCUUUUCACAAAAUCACCUCAAGGGAGGAACGGAUUUGUGUAGGCCUGUACAAAAGUCUUUUUUUUUUUAAAUCAGUGUAUUAACACAUUACUCCCAUUUAGUUUUGGACGUGGUCCUUGCGUUUGGCCUCACCUGCAGCUGUGAGUGUGUGUCUUCGUGGCGGAUGUUCUCAAGAUUUGCUGAGACGUUUCACUCACAUUUUCAGUUUUUAAACUAUUUCCUGCCUGCUACAUUUGUCUUUUAUAUCUAGCUAUAAUUAGAAGUGGCAUUAUGCUGCAUGAACAGUAGGUGGCAGCAGUAUUAUUACUAUACUCCAUACUCUGAAAGAGUUUGCCAAACAAAAGUAUUCUUUGAAUUACUGUUCUAAAAUGUUCCAUUAUUUUUCAAAAGAGUAUUGAAUAAUACAGCAAGUAUUUACUUCAACAGUAUAACAAAUGUUUUUUUUUUUUUUCAUUUAAUUUAUUUCUUCAAAGACUGUGGUCACCUUUGCCGUUGGCAAGCAUGUCAAUUUCCUGAUCUUGUCUUAAUUUUUUACUUUUUUUCUAGGAAGCUUUCCUCAGAUUUUUACUAUUUUUCUUCUAAAAAAUGUCUCAGUUUAGACAUUACUGUUAAAGUCCCAAUUUCAGAAACACACUGAAAACUGUAAACAUAAAUCUGAUCACAAAUGUACUGGAAUUUAUCAUUUCAAAAGUCUAAAACUGGUCCGAACUGCAGUUAAGUUGGUAAAGAACAUGGGACAGAGCCGGUUCACAGUAAAUACUGUAUCAUUGUGCCUUAUUGAAACCGCCUUCACUUUGUUCUCUCGAGAUUUUGGUUGAAUUUGAUUUUUUUAUUUUUUUUGUACCUCCAAAGAUGAAAUCUUUAAAUCAGUAUUUACUUUUAUUCUUAAGGGAAAACCAUCACUAUUUCAGAUCUGUAAUCUAGCUCUCAGGUGAGGAUUCAACAGGAGGAAGCUGAUUCUGUGGUUUAUUUCUGAAGGAUAGAAGCAACAGAGUUUUACAUUUAUUUUAUUUUUUUGAUCCAGUCUGAUCCAGAUCCAUUAGCCUGCCGCGACGCCACGUUCCUGGAUCCUGUUACUUUCAUUUAUACAUUUCUACUUUUCUGAAUCAAAAUGUCAAAACAACAUAAACGUGUACAUAAAAGUCAUGUGAAAAAACAUGGCUACAAGUUUUAUAUAUUUUCUUUUCUUGACUUGGUACCUUUAAAAUACCGCAAUAUAAUAAACUAUGCAUGCUUUUUUUUUUUUAUAUAUUCCAGUGUAUAUAUUCUCAGAUAACUAUAAGCUUUGUGCUUUCCUUACAUAUAAGUGUUUUUUUUGCACUUAUUUCCUCUCUGACAGUAUUUUCUCACACAGCAUUCCACUGUUUGUGUAUAUUUAAUUUUUCCCUGUUUUCUUUUCUUUUCUUUUUUUUUGGCAAAAACACCCAAAACACCUUUCAAAGAAUGUGUACAUAUUUUUUGUAAAUGCAUUUCAGUGCAUCCAGUCUUUUGUUUUCUCUCCCCUGACAUGUAUGAAGCUGUUGUACUUGCUUAUUAUGCAAUAAAGCCUUAUUUUCUUUAA